CUGCACAGCACAGACAGACUGCAGCUGAAAAACAGAAGCACAAACUGGGGCUUCACACACAUGUUCCUGGAGAACACACUCAGACACACACUCCAUGACUGUGCUGUCACUGAACUUCUUUUGUUAUAACUAAGCUGUUUUUUUUUUUUCUUCUUACCUACACUUUUUAUGCAGAUUUGCACAACUUUACUGAAGUUUUUUGUCACAUAAUUUUCUCUUUGCUGUGUGUCUUCCACACACUAGCCAUCAUCAUGUGCCUUCUGGCUGCUGCCCUGCUGCUUUCUUUGCUUGAUUCCAUAUCCUGUGUUCAGUUUAUGGCGCCUCUGAACAUGGGAGGAGUUACAGGGCAGGUGCACUUUAACUCCACCUCCCAGAUGGCCACGGUCAACGUGUCUGGCGCUGGUUCCUGUGGUCCACUGAACUUCUCCCUCAGCGUGUUUCCCGUCAUGUAUGGCCAUUAUGCUCAGCCCUGUUCUGAAAAAAAUAUUGGCUCCGGUGUCUUCACCUUCACAGCUGAUCCUGCCUCAAACCCCACCGUCAACGUGUCAGGCCUCUUCGAACAAAGCUCCAACCUGGACGACUUUUCGCUGACUUUGCAGACAUGCAAUGGCACUAAAAUAUGCACGGUUGUUAGUCAGGGUCAAACAGCCAUGACUCGUCAGGCCAGGUUCACCGGACCCAUCGCGGGUAACGUUUACAUACGCUUUAAUCAAGGACUGACCAACCCCAGGCUGCUUACAGACCUAGUAACCAUCGGUCAGGUCAAUGCCUCACAAACCAAUGUCACUCUCUAUGGAUCUACGAGCACCACUGCAACCUGUGGUGUACUUCUUGGAAGCCUAGAUACCUCAGCUUUGACCAAUCUGGGUGUCGUAAAGGUUGGAACUCCCUUAAAACCUGACAAAUCCCGCCUGGACCCGAGCAGCUUCGACAGCAACACUCGCUUUCUCGUCCUCCGCAUAGGGUCAAGCUACAAGUGUGCUCUGAUUUAUGUUAUGGCAGAGAAACAGGUGAGCGCUGUUGUGAAUAUGAAAGGAAUCAAAGGAUACUUCAGCUUCCGUCAGUCUUCCCCGUUUGAUGUGACAGAGCUGAGGGUGAACCUGACCAACUUACAGAUGAAAGUCGGCCCUUAUCACGUCCACAUGUUUUCUGUCCCCUCAGUCAGGUCGCCUUCAUCAAGCCGCUGUUCGAAUGAUAAUGUGGGUGGCCACUGGAAUCCAUUCCGUGUCAACACAAAUGACCCAGCUUACCCGAGAGUGCCAGGUUCAACCCACGACAUGUAUGAGAUCGGUGACCUCAGUGCCAAGCACAUGUCCCUUGCAGGUAAAAACGAGACAGACGCAAUGUUCACAGACUUCAGCCUCCCUCUGUUUGGACAGAACAGCAUCGUAGGUCGCUCAGUUGUGAUUCACCAAACAGAUGGGGCCAGGUACGUUUGUGCCAGCAUUAGCUAUCCCGGUGAAGUGACCGUUGGGAGAGCCAUAUUUCGGAGCCCUGUGGUUGGUGAGAUCUGGUUCACUCAGCUGGCGAACAACCCUCUGUCUGACGUAUCCAUCUUCAUGGAUCUCUCAUAUGGAAAUCCCUCAAUGACACCAACCAGAAACCACAACUGGCAUGUUCACACCUACCCCAUCAGCUCAGAAAGGGACGAUGAUGAAAGACGCUGCAGCACAGCAGGAGGACACUGGAACCCCUUUAACAUCAGCACAGGAGACAGCAGCUAUGCCCUCCACUGUGGCCCGUCCCGUCCCUUAUCCUGUGAGGUGGGAGACCUCUCCAACAAACACAGCACCAUUAACCUUGGCACCAGUAUGGGCAGAGUGGAAGCAAAGAAUUUCUUCACUGAUGUCACUUCCUGGCUGUCCGGGUCAGCCAUUAUUGGUCGUUCUGUGGUCAUCCAUCAAGCAGAAAGAGGAGGACCAAGGAUUGCUUGUGCAAACGUCACAAAGGUGCGGGUCCCCAGAGCUAGUUUAGGAGCCUGGUUUGGCUCCCAGAUUCCAGGUGGACAGGUCCACUUCUUCCAGGCUGUCCCACAAGGCCCCACGACUAUAAAUGUAUCCCUGACAAACCUGAACUCCAUGGCUGGGGGUUACCAUAUUCAUAUACUGCCUGUCAAACCUGGCAGUGCCGAUCCCUGCUCCAACGCAAACAUCAUGGGCCAUUUCAACCCGUUAACCUUCAACCAUUCAAACAGCCCCGCACCUGGAGCUGGCACAGUGGACCAAUAUGAGAUUGGGGACAUUGCUGGAAAGUUUGGGAAGCUGACUGGCCUAAACGAGUCUCAAGCUGUAUACAUGGAUCCCGACAUGCCAUUAACUGGACCCUACAGCAUCGUGGGGAGGUCGCUGGUGAUUCACUCCUCAAGUAACGGAUCAAGAAUGUGGUGUAGCAACAUCUUAGCUGACAGAGAUGCAGAUGGACAAUGGACCAUUGCCAAGGCUGUUUUCAACGGCACAGUGACUGGGACGGUCAAACUGCGCCAGCAGAUGUUUCCUGAUGGGAGUAGCAGUGACAUCACAAUGGAGGUGGCCCUUCAAUCAUCGACACAAUCCAGACAAAAUCUAACUGUUGCAUCCAUGUACAUCACAAGCAACCGGGUCAACGAAACCAGCCAGUGCAGCCGGGUCGGAGACACAUUCAAUCCCUUCAAUAUGACGUCAAUGAGCUCCAGCUGUUCACUAUUAAACCCUCUGAGCUGUGUGGUGGGAGAGGUGUCAGAAAGACAUGGUGACGUCAGCCUGACUCAGAGGCAGCUGUACACUGACAGCAUCACCCAGCUCUCUGGAGACCACACAGUGGUGCACAGGUCUGUAAUGCUAAAGAACGGAGACAGCAUCAUGGCAUGUGCCGACAUCCUCCCAGAAUCCCCUUCAGCAGAGCAGACCUUUCCCAACGUGACGGCCUUUAGUAGAUUUGACUUCCGUAGGAGGGUUGCAGAUGUCCUGGAGUUGGACAUGGCGAGAGUCACCAUCCUGUCGGGCUCUCCAAUAUAUGUAGCUGAUGGAAAGUGCCAGCAAGUUGCCUUCAUGGUGUCUGGGGAUGUCAGCUCACAAAGUCUGGAGUCUGUCAAAACCAGCGACAAGAUGGGCAUGUUCAAAGAGUCUGACACAUGUAGUAGAAAUGUGGGGCUUUCACGAGGUCUGCUGCUGCAACCAGGAACUUUCCUUCUUGGUUUGAUGUUUGCUGCCGCCUGCCUGCUGCCAUCUACAGUCCAUUCAUAGCUCAGAUCCUGCCACAUCGUGCACCAUCAGUGGGGAAACAUGGAUCCUCAUAUUGUAAAACUGUGAAUAUGUUUAUGAAAUGUAGCCCACCAAAUGAUACGAUGGUCAUCUGAUUAAUCAUCAGGAAAAUAACCGUGUUUCUUUGUACAACUUUUUGUAGUAAUCAUUUUAGGUAACAAGCUAUUCAUUAACUGUUGGGUAUGGCCUUUUAGAAUAUUUUUUUUGCAACAUAUAUUGCUUAUAUUUUAUUCAUCUAGACAGGGUAGGGUAAAGUUAAUGUUGUACAUUUUCAGAUACCCUGAUUUUCUUCCCUUUUUAUGCACCGUCCACUUCUUUAUGUCAAAAUCAGUGUAAAUAUCUUGAAAACUGUGAAUAAAUACAAUAAUG